AUUCAUCCUGUCCUUCCAGUCCAUCCUCUGAUCAUCUUCCGUCCUGAUUUUGUGCAGUGUUUUCUUGUCCCGUGACCCACUCGUUCAUCUCACCUUCCACGGGACACACCGUUGAGCUUUUAUUCAGUUCAGCUUCAGCUUGAACCUCUCUCUGUCUCUUCCAACACUUCACUCAACGAAUUGCGCCAGUCGCAACUCUACAACUUCUUGAACACUCUCGAAAAAUAUCAAUACCACGGGCAGCCAUCAUGUCGCGUACCAUCGUCACCAAAGUUGCGCGAGCUACUUUGCGCUCUCUCCAAGGCAUCUCCCGCAACACCCGCAUCACUUCUACUCCAUUCGCCGCGGCUUCACUACUCCCAAGAGCGACAGUCCCUCGUUUCUACUCAACCGCCGGCCCCAAUGGCAACAUGAUCACUCCCGACAAACAGCCUGUCCAGCCCAAGGAAGAGGCCGCUCCCACUGUUGUCCGCGCCGCCACCGAGUUGACCGACGACGAGUACCACAAGCUCGCCGACCAGUACAUGGACAGACUCGUCACCCACCUCGAAGAACUUCAGGAUGAGCGGGAAGACAUUGACGUUGAGUACUCGGCUGGCGUCCUCACCGUCUCGUUCGACGACGGCAUCGGCACCUAUGUCAUCAACAAGCAACCGCCCAACAAGCAGAUCUGGCUGUCUUCGCCCAAAUCCGGUCCCAAGCGCUACGACUAUGUGGCGUUGGGUGACGGCCAGAACGAAAAGGAGGGCACGGCCAAGGGCGAGUGGGUGUAUCUGCGCGACAACUCGACCAUCAACCAACUCUUCCGUGAUGAGCUACAGAUCGAUCUUAGCAUGCCGGUCGGCCAUUACGGCGAGGAGGAGGCUUAGGAGGGUCAUGGUGGGAUUGUUAUGUUGUCUCUGCGGAACACGGGUACAUGCAAGGACAUGAGAUUAGUGUGAGAGCGACAGCGAGCGCGUUGGGGCGAACAAAAGAACCUGAGUUAUGGGAAAGGGCGUCUUGGUGGAUCGAAGGGUUGCAGUGCUUUAGCCGUAUGAUGUUAUGGGGUGUGGUAAUGCCCUUGGGCCGAGGAAACGAGAUGUGUACGAUUUGGGUGUGUAUAUGUAGUAUUAUUUGCAUUGCGUUUCAUGGCAAGGAGCUGAGGGAUUGCAUUUUCUAGGUCGGAUGAAACCUCGAUGAUCAGCGCAUUGAGUUUAGUUUUACAACUUACCAAAGACAAACCGGACAAGUCAGAAUUAUUAUUUUCACUUGAAAAC